GGCAAGUCAGAGAGCGGGGAAUUGGACCUGGACGGCAUCGACGAUAAAGAAAUUGAGAGGGUAUGUGCUUCCUCUUAAGUGCUUUUGAGAUAAGAAUACUUUUAGCACAAAUCAUAAUGCUUUUUCUUUAAGUCCCUUACAUGAGAUAUUUUAUUUUUGCAUAUUCCAAUUCCCCCAGAGAAUGGGGUCACGGCCAGCCAUUGUCAACGACGACCCUGGAGUAAUUAGGAUUAAGUGCCUUGCUCAAGGGCACAUCAACACAUUUUUAACCUUGUCUGCUCAGGGAUUCAAACUAGCAACGUUUCAAUUACUGGCACAAAACUCUAACCACUAGGCUACCUGCCACCUACCCUAACACUUUACCCUUGUAGCACCUUACUAAAACCCUUACUUCCCCCUUCCUUCUUGCAGUAUAUCCUCAACGACAAAGAAGUGAGAGUUAAGACGGAUCUGUGGAUGAAGCAGAAUGAGGAAUAUCUGAGGGAGCAGAAAGGUGAGCGAACAGACAAAACCUCUCAUGCCCUAUUCAAAAUUCACAUAUUCAUAUUGAUCCAUCAUGUUACGAUGCAGUUCCCGACAGGUUUUCAUAUUAGCCAGCUCUGUAACGAACCAAUUGUUCCCAAUCCUCAAUGGUCAAAAAUAUAUAUUUUUUUGUUUUUGUUAAAGAGUUUUUGCUGUCAUCAUGGUCAUAAACCUCUUUGUUGAGCUUUUAAGUACUUAUACUUCCCUUCAAUAUAUUUAUCUAUGUUAAUUCACCCUCGCCCAGUUGAACCAUUGGGAUUUAUUGGGCUGUUAUAUUGCUGUAAGUAGCUUAAUAGCUAGGGCCAACGAAAAAGGAUGUGUCCCAAAUUACAGCCUAUUCCCUUUAUAGUGUACUACCUCCAAUAAGGUGCUGGUCAAAAUAAGUGCACUAUAUAGGGAAUAGGGUGACAUUUUGGGACGCAUCUUCUAUUCCCUCUGAAAUAUAGCUGUAGCUAAGUAUUCUAUUUCUAUCAGUACCAGAAUACAGUAAUUACCUAUACUAUACUAUUGUCUAUACAUCAUGACCUAAUCAUUCCUUACUGUCUAUUGUAGAGGGAUAUAUAUUUAGUUGUUUUGUUCUUGUUUUUUUUUAGAAAAGGAGGAGAGGAUAGCUAAAGAGAAAGAGCAGGGGACCUACAAGGAGAAGGUGAGGAAUCGAAGGGUGAUGGUGUGUGUGUCUGUCUCUGUCUGUCUGUGUUUUAUGUGCGUUCGUUUCAUGUGCAUGCUUUUUCAGCAGUGUGUGUGCUCAAGAAUCGGUGUGUGUGUAGAGGUGGCCCUUCCUCUGACACAGAACAGCUGUGUGUCUAGAGCUGGCACAUAUUUUCAGUUUGAGCCGAAUCAGCUCUGCUCUGCUCUUCGGUUUCAAUGCAGAGGCUCCAGAGACUAUAUGAAUAUGACUACUGUGGCAGGGGAGCGCUAACCCUGCGCUAACCUGUCUCGCCAUCUCCACAUCCGCCCGCAUUCAACCCGGGCUGGAUUAGCCGUACGGCAGCAGAGUAGCAGACUGCCUAAUGAGGUGCAGAGAGGCCCUGAUACCUAUUCCAGAUGCUCAGGGGUGAAGUUACCCUUAGGUACAGAUAUAGGAUCAGCUUCCCCUCCCCCAAUAUUAACCUUAACCAUUACUAGAGAAAAUGUAAAACUGACCCAAGAUCAGCGUCUAGAGGCACCCUACGGAGGAGGGGCUCAAGGUCCACAGUAGUCGGGGUCUCAUUGUGGUCAAGGCAGUGGGGGUUUUCCCUGUGCUGAUACACCGUUCUGUAUGACAAACAGGGCUUGCGUCCCAAAUGGCACCCUAUUUCCUAUAUAGUGCACUACUUUUGACCGGAGCCCUGUAGGCCCUGUUCGAAAGUAGUGCACUACAUUAGGGUGCCAUUUGGGACACAACCAGGGUCUUUCGGAGAUCACUUGUGAGUCACGGCCGACCGAGAGGCAUGGAAAGGUUCCAGGGCCUACUGAGCUUCUGUCAUCUCGAUAAUCAGACUUUUUUAGGGUGACAUCAUACUUCCCGACCCCAAAGGAAAGGGUGUAUCGUCCAUGACUUAAUACAACACUUAACUAGCUACUGUUGUUAUUACUAUCAACAGUGAUUCUUUUUAAUGAUUUUACCAUUUGAUACAUUAUCACUAAUAUCAAUAUAUCAAUCUGUGCACGUAACUCUCAACUUAAGUGUCCCAUGGCUUGCAAUGCCCUACAGCUGAGUUCUCCAACUCUGGUCUUGGAGAGCUACUGGUUGCUGGGCUGGAACAAAAGUCUACAGGCCCAGAUUAGAGAAUGCCGCUCUAUACAUCUAUAAUAUCUGAUAUAGUAGUAUGUACAGUAUAUCUGCAUGGCAUUAUUAUGUCCCCCAAAUUCCUCCCUAAAUAAAAAGAAUAAUAAAGGUAAUCUUGAUGCUUCCAACAAUCUAAUGGAUCUCAUUCAACCAAUGUUUCGGUCCCCUAAAUUCCUCCCAACAUAUCAGGGGGGUAUUCACUAGGAACCAAACGUAAGCAAAUGGCAGAAAGGGGGAGGGACUAACCUGAACUUGUCCAAUAAGAAACGCUUGUUUCCGUUGCGAAACAUUUUGCUACGGUUUACUAUGGUGUGCACUAAUGAACACACCCCAGAUCUUCUCAACUCUCUCUUCCCCUUGCAGCCCAAGAAAACGUCCAAGAAGCGGGAGCCCAUCCGUGCCAGUACGGCGGGCGAGGCCAUCGAGAAGAUGCUGGAGCAGAAGAAGAUCUCCAGCAAGAUCAACUACGACGUGCUGCGUGACCUUAACAGCAAGGUUGGCAGCGGCAACAGCAGCCCCGCCCGGCCAACCUCCACCGAAGAGCCACCCAGUGGCCCCCCUGGGCGGAAGAGGCUGACCCGCCGCAAGAAGCAGCCCAACAAGACCAACAUGGGCCUGGCCACCACCGCCAGCAUCAUGGGCAAGAGGUAAGGGGAUUUAAACUAGAACUGUUAGAUGUAAGCUAGCCUUCACAUAUGGAUGAGUGUGACUAACAUUUACAUUUUAGUAGACACGCUUAUUUUAGUAGACACGCUUAUUCCUGUGGGAAUCGAACCUACAACCCUGGCGUUGCAAGUACCAUGCUCUACCAACUGAGCCACACGGGAGAAUUAGCUUUGGGUGAGCUAAUUCUGUUCUCAUUAGUAGGUCUGCAGGUUUUAUUUUUUAAAGGGAUACUUUGGGAUUUUGGCAAUGAAGCCCUUUAUCUACUUUCCCAUAGUCAGAUGAACUUGUGGAUACCAUUUUUAUGUCUCUGCGUGCAGUUUGAAGGAAGUUGCUAACUAGUGUUAGAGCAAUUGCUAACAAGCUGUUACCAUAGACUUCCAGCCAUUGUGCCAAUGCUAGUUAGCAUUGGCUCGCGAAACUACCUCUAACUUCCUUCAUACUAGAUGCAGAGACAUACAAAUGGUAUCAUUGAGUUCAUCUGACUCUGGGGAAGUGCCAGAAUCUGCCAAAAUCACAAAGUAUCCCUUUAAGUGGAAGAAGUCACGUAUGUGAGGAAUGAAUGUUAUUCAUGUCUGAGGAUUGGCCUCACUAUAUAGGAGAAGGUACAGUAGUGAAAUGCUAAGGUCAGGAUUAGGCAUCGACAGAGAGGGAAUUGGAGUGACAUACAAAUGUUAAGAUUGCGAAAAGUCCUUAUGGUUGGAAAAUAACCCAAUAGCUGGGCUCUGAGAAGCACUUCUGGGAUAUAAAAUACAACAAAGCUAAUGUUGCUUAUGAUACCUGUAUCUUAUCGAGUCAUUAAACAUACAGGCUAUUCAACAAGCCAUUUUUAUAAUUUCCUGACAACAUGGGAACACUUUCACAUAACCACAGGAACCUGGCCCUUUUUACCACCAAUAAUAGGCACCAAUUGUGGCGUAAAGGUCCCCCAUUGCCUCUGGAGGUGUUAAAAUCUUACACCCUCCUCAGUCGCCCACUACCACUCACCCACUUUCUGAUCCCUAGGCUGGUUUGCCGAAGACGAGCCAAUCUUGCCCUCAGGACGUCAUGUCUGAGGUGUCCGUCUUCGCCCCUCUCUCCAAUUAAUCCUCCAGUUGGACUCCAAAUGUCCUUGUAAUGAACGCGGAGCAUGAGAUCACGACUUCUGCUACUGACACGCCGCGGCAGACCAUUUCUCAUUUUGCCAAUCAUUUCUCGAUCAUGCCACGGCCACAUUAAUGAUAAUUAACAUCUUGGUAAUGAAUUCUGAAUUGGUAAUGAAAAUGAGAUGUGAGGCACUGUUGGAGAGCUGAUGAGUAGACAGCUGGUAGAAUGACAAAGCCCCCAUCACCUACCCUACCCCCCCUUCAGCAGGCUCAGGUGCCGGGGUCGGUACUAUCUAGUCUCUGGUCAACUCCAUCUGAUUGUAGCUAUCCCUUCAGGCCUCGUUUCUUCAUCAGAAGACAGAUGCUGGGUUUAUAUUCAAUUUUCUCCCCCUUAACAAUGGAUUGACUGUAAUCAGUUAUGAAUAUUAUGUGUUCAUGGAAGUAGAGCUCAUUUGAUGGAAUCGUGUCACUUCUGGCUAUUCAGUGUGUUAAUGAAUUAGAUACAAACUUUACAGUAGGGAUUUUUAUGAAUGUUGAAGACCUAGAAAUCAUGUUUCAACUAAGUAGGGUCCAGCCUUUCAUUCAUCAUAUUUAAGGUUGCACCUCUUCUCCUAUUGUUUGAGCACAAAGCCUUGCAGUCUCGUUGAUUAAUGUACUUGUGUCCCAUCACUGCAACCUUGAAGUUGCUGAGGCUCUGGGCUUCAACCAAACAGAACACCGGUUCUCAGUAUGUGGCCAGCUUACGUGGGGGGAGGUGGGAAGAAGACGACUUGGAACAAAUCUGACAAUGAACUCGAGUUUUAGGUCCAGUGCUACAGCAGCGGAUCUGAGCCUCCUGCUGGAGUAUGGGAAAGCGGCUGGAACUCUGUCUAUUGGGAUAAUGAGAGGGGGGUAGGAUUAGUUUCCCUGUGUGCAUUUUAGCUGGCCAGGGUUUGUCUAGCUUGGCCCAGCAGCCUGAAAUAUAAGGUAUGCCUGCCUCACUUUUGUGCAUAAAGCACCUUCUAUUCCCAUCAGUGAGAAACGGCUACGUUUUGUUUUUGUUUCCUACGUCUUUCCUCAUUGAAUAAAAAAAAGAAUGUGUGCAUUUUUUAUGCUCCCUCAACUUUAUCAAAGCAUUUAGUAUUGAAUCACAGCCAGAUAUCUGAGACCGAGGGAACAGAGUGUCUUUCUAUGAGUGUUUCUCUUGAAUGUUUGAAAGCUAGCACUUGGUAUGCGACUUGGUAUCACCGCACAACACAUUUAAGUUUGUUGUCACAUAAAAUGCUCAGUGCUUGUCAUUGUGAUGCAUCUUACGUUAGUCGGAGGCAAGAUUGCUCUCUUUAAAGUUAUUCCUUCCUCCCAUUUGUAUGAGGAACCGCGGUGCGAGUCGAGCUCGUGGGAUUCAGGUGGCUUAGCCUGCUCUUGGAUCUGGCCGUUUAACCUGGCACCUCAGAGCGUGCGUUGUGUUUUAAAAGCCCCUAGAGGCUAGAGUGGAAAGGGAGAAGGAAGCCUGACAGUAAACCAUUGUUGGCUGUCAUCCUGUUGGUUAGUGCGCCGCUGCACUUACACAUAGCCCCCCCCCCCCCCCCCCCCUCCACACUCCUUCGCCUGGGAUGACGCACAGCUGGUGUUGUUGAUCAUAUCAUCCUAGCCUCCCCCACUCAGAGCUGAAAACCUUGUCACUGAAUUGAAAUACUUUCUUAGACACAAAGUUGAAACGGUCUCUGAUGCAUGUUUUUUCAUCUCAUUUGUAUUGAACCAGGAAAAUGUAUUGAGAAGUAGUUGUCAUCUGCUGUUAUGGCCCGGCAAGAUGCACAGCACACAUCAACAGAGACAUCAACAAACACAACAGCAGAGUCAGUCCAAUACAGUAAUUAAACAUCUAUUUCCCCCAUUACAGAGAUGACACUCUUUUCUCACAGACAGAACUGGAGCUAACUGUCCGAGUUUGAACUUUCUCAGCUAUCCAUGGUCAGAGCAGAGACUUCAUUUUCUGUCUCGCAUGCAGACACACUCUGAACACUGAAACUUUCCCACAGCCACAGAUCAUGUGAAGUCUCACCCCUCCCCUUCACUACAAGUCCUCCACCAGCUGCCAGACGAAAGCCCCCUCCGCGCCCACCAAACUAACAAAGAUGGAAAAGCACUCUUCCAGAAUGGGCAAAACUAAUUACCCUGUAGUUCUUUGUCCCUCAUCAACUCCCCCCUCCCGCCCAAUCCCCUUCUCUUUAUAAAAGCUGCAAUUCCUGACUAGUCAAGGCUGGUUGUUUUAAGUGUAAAUCGUAACGAACGGUGGCAGAAAUGUCUGUGUGCUGAUCUCUUUUCAGGGAGUCCCACAGGAGCCUCUCAACCGUACCCUCUACGUAACCUUGAUAUGAUCUUUGUUUUACUGGUAGUAUUCGGGACCAGUGACACAGCAGCAAACUUGAGCAGACACACAGAGCUGCUGUUCUGCGUUUGAAAGGGCUCGUAAUUCCAGCCUCCCGAAUACUUUUUUGCUCCUGACUAGCUUUCGAUACAAUAAUGUUUGUUUGUGUCUUUAUCGACCUAGCAAAGGGCAAAGUUUGGCGCAAGAAGAACAGGGUGUCUCAUCUCACGCUAGCCAGAAAUAGCAGUCCAGGAUCUGGGGCACCCUGAUGUGUUUUGCAGGGUUCGUCUCUGAGAGAUUGCCUCUCGCCUUCUCCCCCUCAAACUAUCUCCAAUUUCCUCUUGAAAUGUCAUAAUUUCCAUCCGGCUGCUACUUUUCCCUCUGCUGUGACUCCCCCUCCCCCUUUGCCUGCUAACCCACUCCCAGCACCCGUGCGAAAGGCUACCUCUGCAGACCAACAAAUGACACAUAUGCUCUGGGUCAUGCCAAGGCCCUCAGAUGCCCAUCCGGUUGCUGCUGAGGGGACCUGGUAUGGAGGCACCCGGGCGUGGAAUGUGCUGUGUCUGUGUGUGAAUGGUGCACCAUACAGCCAGACCCCCUGGUAGGCUUCCCUAGACCACCACCCCCUUCCAUACCCUCGAGCACAGCCCCCAACCGACAGAUUGAUUCGUCAACACGCCACAGCAUCUCUGUCAUGCCGUGCCACAUCCCCAAUAUCCCUGCAUUGGUAAACACUGGAGUUGUUGACAGAUGAUUUCCCCAGAGGGCAGGAUCUGGCCUCUCGGUGUCUCCCUGAGCCAUGCCUGUGGGGAGCGGAGGGAAGGCACCCUCUCUCCACCCAAAGCUUGCAGAGUGGCAUGUGUGAAGAACAGGACCUGGAUGUCUGGUUUUGUGGGCUUUCUUUUCUUUCCCAUGGACUAUACAGAUCACAUAGCAGACUGGGUAAUGUUUGGUCUGCGUAAUGCACCAGAGAGCUCUUUUCCUGAGAUGUAUUUUCCGGAACGCCUCGCAUUCUUUCUGUUGUCAAACAGUCUGAGGGAUGGCUGAAGCUCGCAGAUGCAUUUCUUAUGUCAGUAAAUCCCUGCCCACGCUCCACUCUCCCAGUGCCUCUCUUGUCAGGGGCAGCCACUUACUUGUGUGUGGAAGAAUCUUAGCCAGACAGUCACCGUCUCCCCCACUGGCACCUCAUGUCCGUCUGUGCCAUUGUGUGGAACAGCAGCUAAUCAAAGUCUUCUCUUAAAGAUUAGCAGUGGAGACCGAUGGUCGAGUGAAAGUCCUUCUCAAAGGAACUUUCUUCUGCUGCACUGACAUCUGACCUCUCUGUAAAGUGAAUCAGGAUGGUGGUCGUAGAUGGCUCACCCACUAUUGUUCCACACUAUUGAGGGCAGUGAUUUAUCUGUAGCUUGUGGUCAGGCAGUCUGGAGGGCACCUUGAUGUUUGAGCUCAAAAGCCAUUUCCUGCUGUUAGGAACAAUGGCUGUGUCCCAACUCAAAUCAAAGUGCAAAGGAUACAGCAGGUGUAAAACAGAACAGUCAGACGCUUACUUGCAAGCUCUUUCCCAACAAUGCAGUAUUGAAUAUUACAUUUUAGUCAUUUAGCAGACACUCUUAUCCAGAGCGACAUACAUCCAGAGUGCAUACAUUUUUCAUACUGACCCCCCGUGGGAAUCGAACCCACAACUCUGGCGUUGCAAGCGCCAUGCUCUACCAACUGAGCUACAAGUAAGAUGAAAUAAUAUAAAGUUUAAAAAACGAUACAAUAUGAGAAUGUAAUACAGGGUCAAUACCAUCAUUUCAAUGUGCAGGGAUACUGGAGUAGAGGUAGAUAUGUACAUGUAAGCAGGGGUCAAAACGUGAUUGGUAGCAGGAUAGAUAAUACAAAUAAAUAAAUAAUUAUAAUUAUAAUAAUAAUAAUAAUAAUAGCAGCAAAGUGUGUGUGCAAGCGUGUCAGUGUCGGUGUAUGUGAAUGUGUGGGUAGAGACCUGUUGGUGUACAUAGAGUCAGUGCAGAUAGUCCGUGGGUGAGGGUGGACAGCCAUUGUUUAUCUGUUCAACAGUCUUAUUGCUUGGGGGUAGAAGCUGUCUCGGAGCCUGAUGGUCUGAGACCUGAUGCUCUGGUACCGUCUGCUGGACGGUAGCAGAGAGAACAGUCCAUGACUGGGGUGGAUGGAGUCUUUGGCAAUUUCUUUAGGCUUUCCUCAGACACCGCCUGGUAUGAAUGGGUAAUGGUACCCCUAUGGUACUGAUAGGGCUCUGGUCAAAAGUAGUGCACUAUGUAGGGAAUAUGGUGUUAUUUGGGAAGCGCCCAAUGUGGCAAAGGUGGCUUAGACCAGACAAUCUCAUUGGCUAGGAGCUUUUUGAGGGAAUGCUACUUCAGUGGAUGUAAGCCUAUUAUGAUUUUAGCUGUCAAUUUAGCCUUCCAUGCUAAAUGUUAACACUUAUGUAGGACGUAUGAAGGAAAUUGCUUUUUCACCUUAUGUAUGGUGUGCAUUAGUUAAUGUUUAUUAAUUAAUUCAUGUUUAUUAUGUUUUAAUUCAUUUAUUAGUGUGUACUCUUUAUAUCGUAGACAAUCAGCCAUUCAAUUGGCUACAUUUGUUAAUGUGAUAGGCAAUAUAAUCAUUAUUACAUUUGGUACGUUUUCUCUUAUUUACCAAUGGUAAAUUACAUUAAUUCCCUUUCACAACAACAAUUAUUCACAACAGCAACCAGGUUGUUAACCAUUUGAGGGAAGUCAUGAAUCCUUAUAGACUCAGAGGUUAAACUGCUCAGGGCAACGGGCGAAGAUAAAUCACGGAGCCUUGGUGCUGCGAAUCUAUCUAUUGUGAGCCACACACAUUUCCGUGCCGGCCCUCUGUCUCCAUCUGCUUCUCUGCAUCGAGGGAAGGUGAUGCAGACAUUUCUUGUGUCUCAAGCUGUCUCCGUGGGAACUCCCUCCCACUCACCGGGUUGCCAUGGGCACAGCUCUCAGCUGUAGUCUUACUAGAGAGGCCUGGGCUGAACAGGCAUUCUGACCACUGAGAGUAAAUAAUCAGCGCAGGAUAAUAAUAAAACUCCACCUGUUGUUUUGUUAGGAAUGGAGAUUUCUGUAUAGAAUGAGAACAUGAGACUAAAUGCAAUUCAAGAACAGCCAUUUGAUAUUACUGACUGGCAGUGUAGUCGCAGUGGUCAUUAAAUCUUCCAUGAUCAUGACCCUGUAAAACAACAUAUUUCACUGCACUUAUCUGGUGUAUGUGACAAUAAUACAAAAUAAAAAUCAAUCUCAGAUGAUCAAUGUUUUGCGGGGGAGGGCAUGGUGAACAGUUCCCUAGUGGACAACAAACCUGACCUGAUCCACCAAGCAGUCUGUUCACAAUACUAUGUGUGAGAGUUAGAAAAAUGUAGAGGGGGAGUGUGUCUGUGUGUGUUGGAGAGGGGGGGAAUAAAGCCACCCACAGACAGUCCCAUUUACAGUAGGAGAAUACCAACUGUGAAAUUGGGCGUGAAGAGAUGGGGGAGAAUGCCGUCACAACAGUGAGAUACAGUGUGGGGGAGGGUAACUAAAUCUCUCCCCCCUGCUGACCUUCUCAGCGGUAGCAUCAGAUAAUCAUCACUCCUUUCUACCUCCAUUCCGAGGAUUCCCCAUCUCAUUCCUAUCCCCGAGACUCUCCGUGCCCUCCAGAGUGUGUCUGCAGGAAGUGUGAUAAGGCCCGCUGGUCAGCCAGAGGGGGUGAAGUCACGUGUGCGGGGGAGAAACUGCUGAUGCAAACUCACGGCCCCUGGUCGGAUUGCAUCUGUAUUCUUCCUGGGUAGCCCGCAUCGGCUCUUGGAUUGGAGAAGUUGUGCUACAUCUUUAAUGGCUUUGUCCUUGGGGAAAGGGAUGGCUUCAUGUUCUCUGAGCCAGCCCCCCCUGAAAACAUGUUAGCCUCCGUAACCUCGCUCUUCAGUGCUGAUACUGGAGUGUGAAAGCAGCAGUGUGCUGGAACAUGACAGAAGGCCUCGCUUCCUCCUCCAGCCUACAGCACUAUCCUCCGGGCUGUCCCUGGCCGUCUGCUUCCCCUCUGCCUCGCACGAGGUGGCUUUAGCCAGAGCUCUACAUAUUGGCUCCGACUGCCCGUGCCGUAUGAGCGUUUCUCCAGUCGCUCGGACACAGCGGUGGAGCUCCGACUCUCAUGCUAGCCCAUCGGGCCCACGCCCCAAAGGGCGUUUGCCUCCACCCACCAGA